GUCCUCGUUAUUAAUGUUAUUCUUAUUAUACAAUUUUCUCCAUUUCCUGUAGAAAUGCGUCGUGAAUUUAUAUUAGUGUUAUUAGGAAUUAUAUGUAUAUCAACUAUAUCCUCACUUUUAUCAGGAUAUGUGCAAAUAGAGUCUGAUAAAGUGCUAUUAGAUACGGUAGUAGGUUCGGUGGGUGCUGGCAAUUUUUCGUAUUGGCAGUUGGGCCACAUAGGGCCGCUGCUGGUGGAGCUGACGUCUCUGAGCGGCGACGCGGACCUUUAUGUUGCUGAUACGAUCAGGCCAAGUUAUGAGGUGGACCGGAACAACUUCAGCUCGGUGACCUGCGGCCCUGAUCUGGUCAACAUACCCGCUGACUUCCCGCGCCCUGUGGGUAUCGGUGUGUUCGGGCACUGGUCGCACGCUCAGUCCGAGUACAGCAUCCAAGUGUUCCUGACGGCGCCAGCGCCGCGCGCCCACGCCUUCCUUGAAGACGCAAGGCCGCAUGAGAGAACAGAAGUGGAGAAGCGUCGCGAGAAGCGGAAAGGCGAGGAGGAAGGCAAACCGCGCUUCCUGAAACUGCUCAGCAUACUUGACAUGAUAUUUGACAUGUUUGUGUUGUAGGAUUUAUACCGACUUUUAUAUGCUUAGAGCAGCGGUCACUUGCGGCCUGCGAGCCCCCCUGGCCCCUAUUUCACCAAGGUGACAGGUGUGACAAUUCGACAAAUGUCACCGUUGCUGAUGUCACAGUCUUCCAUGGGCUACGGUUACCGCUUACCAUCGGGCGGGCCGUAUUCCUGUUUGCCACCACCAUUGUAUUAUUAAAAAGAAAACUAUUAUAUCGGCAAAAACAGGCAUUUCUCUUGCGAAGUUUAUGAUUAUGUCAAUUGUCACAAGAUUUAAAAGAAAUUUCGGUAAAUCUUGACAGGAAUGAGAAAUUUCGUGACAAAUGUCGUGUUUCUUGUGACAAUUGUCUAUAUCAGCGGUCGGCACCAUUUAGCAGCCAAGGGCCACAUAGUAGUUAACGAAGUUGACGCGGGCCGCACUUUGUAAGUUGGUAAUAUUUGCGAUUUUAGCAGACAUUGUCGUUUGUCAAUAUCACAUACAAAAUGGCCAGGGAGGCUCGCGGGCCGCUUGUUGCCGACCGCUGGUCUAUAGCUUCGCAAUUUAUUGGCGAUAUAAUGGAGUUUUUUUUUAAUUAAAAUGUUGAUGGCAAACAAGCACAGACAGACGCGGCGGCGGUUUUAUAAGGUGUAGUGAUAAUUAGAAUCCAAAACGAAUAAUUAGAAUACAAAAAAUGGAACCCUCUUUAUUAUGCGUGGUCCGACACGCAUCCGUCCCUAUGGACGCCCGCGACUCCAGAGGUGUUACAUGCGCGUUGCCGAUCUUUUAAAAACCGUACACUCCUGUACAUUUAUUAAAAGCUUUUUAUUAACUUUCAAUGUAAAUUGUAAGUAUGUAACUUAACUGUUUGUAUGGGUCAAAUCUUGCAAGUUAAAUUUGACCCACUUCCCGACUUCCAAUGAAGCUGAAAAUUUGCAUACAUAUGUAAGUCUGGUGACAAUUAUUAUGGUACCAUCGAGCUGAUCUGAUAAUGGAGACAGGAGGUGGCCAUAGGAACUCUGUGAUGAAACUACGCAACCUAAUUGUGUUUGGGGUUUUUAGAAUCGUCUCGGCGAGUAUUAGUAAAGUUGCCUGUGGAAAAAAAAGUACAGUCAGCGAUAAAAGCUUGUAACAAAAAUGAUUUUUUUGCCAAAAACUUAUUAGUUUAAAUAUCUAUUUUACAAGCAAUUUAACUCGCCCUGUUAGCAUGUACUGUACUUCCACUUUUUUAUGUUAGUUUGUCAUACUUGGAAGCUAAAUUGGAACAGCUUUUUGACAUUUAAUAUGGCUCUUUAAUAUAUUUGUGACGUCCCACGGGUAAAGGUACCUUAUGGCGGUUGGCGCUUACGCUAUUAUUAACGCCGCUCCAAUAUUAUUGGGGCGCUAUGCGACGUAAGCGCCAGCCGCCAUAAGGUACCUUUUGCCGUGGAACGUCACAUUUAUCCUCUGGGCGCCCAGAGACCUAUAAAAAGGUCUCCUGUUCCAUUCUAAUUUGAACUUUGUGUUGACAAAAUAAAAUUUCAUUUUGCUUGGCAAGGUUUGACGUAUGGGCGGCUAGAGGUUAUGAAAAACCAGUGACAAUGCAAUGUUAUGAUCACAUGGAGCUGAUCUGAUGAUGGAGUCGGAAGGUGAAUAGUCGAUAGGCCAUAUCAGGGGGCUCCAAACUUUUUUACCUGAGAGCCAUUUUUUUUAUUAUUAUGAAUGGGCUUACUCAUGGCCACAGACUAGCCGAGGCGUAGACGUGGCCUACGAUGGAGCGAGCUCGCCCAGAAGGUGCCUGUUCACUCUUGAUUUGAAGGUUGCCGGGUUAUAAGAACACGGAAAUAUAGACGCCGGCAAGGAAUUCCAUUCCUUGGCAGUGCGCAUAAGGAAAGAAGAAGCAAAGCGCUUCAUGCGAAUUGGUGGAAUAUCUACCAAGUAAGGAUGGAAACCGGCCGUGCGUCUAAAAGUCCGAUGGCCAUAUUGCGAUACCGGGUUUUUGCUCCGGGGGAGGGUGUCAGAUUGCUGCUGUUAGGAACAGUUCCACUCUCAAUGAACGCUGAACCCCUGGAGCCUGGCUCCCGCGGGCCGGACAGUGGGUGUCGGUUUGGGUAUCGGCGGGCCGGAUUGGAACGCGUCGCGGGCCAGGGUUAGGAGACCCCUGGGCUAUAUGAUACAAUGAAAUCUCAUUAGUUUGGGUUUGUUAGAAUCGUCCCUCAUAGUACCUAGACGUAUACCUGG